UGGUAUAGUCUACUGGUAAAAUUCCGAGAAUUGCGAACUGCGUCUUCUCAGAAGAGUUCUUCCAAGAACUGUCUUCGGUGGACACUUCCAAGAAAAAUAUACCAGGUGAACAAUGUCAAGUGCAGCAGACGGCUGCAUCAAGUUCACUCACCAUGCUGGUGAUGUGCUGUUCAACUUCAACCGCCUCCGCAGCAGAAACAUCCUGACCGAUGUUACCAUUGUGGUUGGUGGGCAGCAGUUCCGGGCACAUAAGACUGUUCUGAUGGCAUGCAGCGGCCUUUUCUACUCCAUGUUUGCAGACGCUUAUAAAAGCUCCUUGAGCGUUAUAAGUUUAGAUCCAAAGGUGGACCCCGAUGGCUUCGCCAUAUUGUUGGAGUUCAUGUAUACAUCCUGCCUCACGCUUAAAGAUAACUUCAUUAUAGCCACCCUCAACACAGCCACAUACUUACAGAUGGAGCAUGUGAUGGACACAUGCCAGAGGUUCAUGGACUCCAGGGGCUUGUGUGUAAAGCAGAGCAGAGCAGAGAUGCUGGUUAAUCACGGCCAUUUAUCUUCAGAAGCUCCCUUUAUCCUCAGCGAUGCCCUGAACACCCAAUCCAGCGUGAACUUCAGCACUUACGGUCCUCCCAGCCUGCACUAUGCAGUCAGCACUUCCACCGAAAGCCCUUCUCGCUUCUACAGACAUCUACCUCUCCCCAUGGACACCUCCAACACCGCAAACCCCCUCUGGCAGAUCCCGAAGACCGGCGUGAUAGCCCGUCAGCAGCACUCCCCGCCAGAAAGCGGAGUCUUGACUCGGACCGUGACUAACAAAGAAGCCACGGAAGCCAGAGAAGAGAAGAACCGUCCAUCUGUGCUCUUUCGUUCAGCUCGAGCUGAGGGAGACAGGAAGUCUCCGGUUCUGGAGGUGGAGAACAUCGAAGCGUGUCACACCGGCGCACCCAAGAGUCCUCUCAGGUCAGACUGCCAACCCAACUCACCCGCGGAGUCCAGCAGCUGCAGUCGAGGAGCGGCGUCUCCUCCCAGCUCCAUCAGUCACCCGAAGGCCCGCAACUGGAAGAAGUACAAGUUCAUUGUGCUGAACUCCACAGAUGGAGCGAAUGACAACAGCUCACCAACUCCAACUCACAUGGUCACAGAAUCCACCAAUAAGAGCAGUGAAGCCCGAGGGCAACCCAUUAUGGAUAGCAGAUCUACUGAUGAAUGCAUCAAAACAGAGGAGCGUGACACUUCACUUUCCAACACUUUGACAGAGGAGAGCAGCCCAGCACCCACAAAAUCAGAAGGGUUCAGACUCUACUGUAACGACUGCGAGUCCAAGAACGAAUCUUACGCAGAGAAGCCGCGGUGGCUGGAGGACGGAAAACCAUACAAAUGUGACGGCUGUCAGACCAUGUUCUGCUAUAAUGGAAUUCUAGCGAGCCACAAGUCUGGGCACACAGCAGGAGAAAAACCGUACCGCUGCAACGUAUGUGGAGCUCAGUUCAACAGACCUGCCAAUCUGAAAACACACUCACGGAUCCACUCAGGAGAAAAACCAUACAAAUGUGAAACCUGCGGCUCACGCUUCGUGCAGGUGGCUCAUUUGAGGGCACACGUCCUGAUCCACACUGGAGAGAAACCGUACCCGUGUGACAUCUGCGGCACGCGCUUCCGCCACCUUCAGACGCUGAAGAGUCACUUACGAAUACACACAGGAGAGAAACCUUAUCAUUGUGAGAAUUGUGACCUGCACUUCCGUCACAAGAGUCAGCUGCGUCUGCAUCUGCGACAAAAGCACGGUGCCGUCACCAACACCAAGGUCCAGUACCGCAGAAGCAGAACAGACCUGCCCGUCGGCUCCCUCGUGACCUCUUGAAAAAACACAAAGCUUUUUAGAGACUCGACAGAUACAUUUUUAAGUUCAUUUAAUGGUACGCCCACAAAAAAAGCCAUCAGAAAAUACAGAUGCCCGCAUGGAUCUUUGUCAAGCCAAUGUCCUAGUUUACUCAUAUGGUGACGUUCCAUACGGAAUAGUUCACCAGCACGUUCUGGAUCAGCCUGCAUGAUUUUACCCAAAUGUCAUGAUGGUUUAACAUUUUAAUAAUAAGUAAACACUGGCUUCCAGGCAUUGUAUGUCAAGUUCUCGUAAGUAAUCCUAGCGGAAGAUUGAAUAUGCAAAUAUAAUUUUAUCUGUAGUAUUUAUUUUUUUAUUAGGAAUGCUAUUUCACUCCCUCUCUAGUCAAACUAUGCACUGUAUAUAAUAUACAACGGGGAAUAUUGGUACAAAAUAAUUAUGCAAAUGCAGUGUAAAUGUUUUAUCAGUAUGGUACAUUUAAAGAAGCUCUGCUCUGUUUGACUGUUCUGUUGUAUUUACAUAUUUGUACAGCUGUUUUUGGUACUAGAGGACCAAAGGUCCUUGCAAUUAAAAAUUUGAUACCAAACAAAUGAGUGCA